UUUAUACAUGAGGCUAUAUAUGCAUAUAAAAGGCCUUGGAUAAUAUUUGGUCCCUAAACAGGAAAAACUUGUCCAUUAAGAAUAAUUGUGUGUGUGUGAGAUUGAUGGCAGAAGAGAGUGAAGGGAUUAAGCUGUUUGGCGCAACGAUUAGAUUGAACAGUGGAGAAGUGAAGAAAGGGGAAAAGGGAAGCGAGAAGACAAUAGCCUGCCCCAGAUGCAAGAGCAUGGAAACCAAAUUCUGUUACUUCAACAACUACAACGUUAAUCAGCCAAGGCAUUUUUGCAAGACCUGCCAGAGGUACUGGACCGCUGGUGGGGCCCUCCGGAACGUCGCCGUCGGUGCCGGCCGCCGGAAGGCCAAGCCACCGUGCCAUGCGCCCGAUGGAGGGCUCUAUGAAACUUCCGACCACGACAACAAGUUUGAGAUGGUGCAGCCCCAACUUCCCGUGCCUCACACCGAUUUCCGCCAGAUUUUUCCCCCCAAGCGCCGCAGGAUCACCUCUGAUCAACACCAAGGUCAAUAACAUGAUCUCUUGGAAUUACAUAUGAAAAAGAGAAUACUUCAACAAUGACGGAGCAAAGCGUGUUAUGAGUUAAGAUGUGAACACCGAAUUAAGAAAAUGGCGCAGAAAAUGAUCGAUCGAUCGGUAAUAUUGUUGAACUAUAUGAGAAGACGUGACAUGUGGAGAUUAGUUUUUUCCUCGAUGCCAUAUGCAGGGUUUAAGGCAUGAAUGAAUGGAGUGAAGAUAAUUGGUUAUAAGUGGGUUAGACAUAUUAGCUGUGACAUGAUUGAAAUUCACGAAAUUGAUGUAUGCAGAUAUGUACAGAUGAAAUAUUGGUCAAUGGACAAAGAGAGAUAGGAUUGAAAAAGUAAACAUCAAAACACGAA